UGACCGCAGUACCGUAGCUCGGGAGUGCUGGGCCCGGCAGCGCACCGGAAUUCAUACGAAGCCGGCUCUGAAUGGCCACACCCGCGACCGAAACACAGACGCAGAUAGCUCAACGGAUCAGACCCGUUAGGGCCAAUACUCUUGAAAAUCAGUCGCGGGGCAGCCGUGGGACAGCUUUCAGAUGCCGCUAAGACGUGCGGUAGUUUCGCUCCUGGCGCUGGCCGCGCGCGCAGCGGGCGCGCGAGGCCCCGCCGCGCGCGGCGCCGCUACGUGCUACGCGAAGCGCUACCCCGACCUGAAGCGCAAGUUCUGCAACGCCGACGGCGCGUGCCACCUGCGCCAGGCGAAGGCGCACUUCCGGGAGCACGGCCGGCGCGAGGGGCGGCGGUUCGGGUGCGACGACGAAAUGAACGGGACCGCGCCGGCGCGCGUCGUCGACGGCAUCGACGAGGCCCGGUGGUGCGCGCGCCACGCGACGCUGCCCCGGGGCGGCUUGACUCAGCGUGAAAGCUUCAAUGACCCUCCUUACGCCAUCGACGCGCGUCGUCUCCAUCAGACGAGGUCGUGGGUGGCCUAUCUUUCGAUUUUGAGCCGUUUCGGACCACGUCGGGGCCGUCGCGGCGUGUCAGAGAGAGCGCCGUCGCUGCAAUGGCGUGAGGUUGCUCGCACCGACGCGGUCGCCGCGACGGCGUCGGCGCGAUGCCGCAUGAGAGUCACGCGCCUUGUGAGUGAACGGAGGCAGUGUCGCGACCGCGUCCGUCGCACGCAGGCUUCUGCCCCAAGGCCGGGUAUGCCGGCCUGGACCGGGGCCUGGCACCGGCGCUCGCGGAGUACUUCGUGGCGCGCCGCCGCGGGGCGCGGCCGGCGACGGUUGGCGACUUCGGCGCCGGCCGCGGCUGGUACAGUGCGUACCUCAACAAAGUAGAGGGCCUCGCGGCGGCGCCGUACGACUACGGCGCGCGCCCCGGGACGGCCGUUCGGCCGUUUGACAUCAGCCGGCCGCUCAACGGGACGGUCCCCGUCUUCGACGCCGUGCUGUGCCUCGAGGUGGGCGAGCACGUGCCGGCCCGGUUCGAAGACGUGAUCUUCGACAACAUCGCGACCCACGCGCACGACGCGGUCGUGCUCUCGUGGGCGGCGCCGGGGCAACCGGGCCUCGGCCACGUCAACACGCUCCCGGAGGCGCGCGUCGUCGCGCAGAUGGCGGCGCGCGGCUGGGCCCGGGACAAGCGCGCGUCCGCGCGGCUGCGCGCGGCGGCGUCGUUCCCCCACUUCCGGGCGCACGUCCUUGCCUUCUCGCGCGCGCCGUGGCCCCCGGAGCCCCGGGGUAAACCCCGGGGCUGCCCGGCGCCUGCGUCCCCGCAUUCGGUCGUCGUGCUCGCGCGCGUGCUCUACGAGCAGCCGUUCCUCGCCGGAUUCGUGGACUGGUACGCGGCGCGCGGCGUCGAGUGCGUGCUGCUCGUGCGCGACGGCCUCGACGACGCGGGCGACGUGGCGGCCCUGCCGCCGGUCGCCGUCCAGCGGGCGGCCUCGCGCGGCGUCCACGCGGGCGCCAUCAUCCAGGCGACCCUCGCGGACGUGCGCGCCACGGGCUACGCGUGGAUGCUCGUCGCCGACGCGGACGAGUACCUCGCGCUGCACCCGCGGUUCGACCGGUCGCUCCCGCGGUUCAUCGAGAUGCAGGCGGCGCGGGUCCCGCACCUCGCCGCGAUUCAAUUCAGCUGGGCCGCGGCCGAAGCUUUGGGCGCGGCCUGCCCGGCGCGCGCGCCGUUCGACGCGUUUUUCGCGAACGCGCACGUGAAGACGCUCGCGCGCGUGGACCGCGUGGACCGCUGGAACAACCCGCACGCGCCCGUGCUGCGACUGCGUGAAGCCGACUGCCCCGGCCUCCCGCGGGAGUGCCCCGUGGUCCUGAGCGGCGGCCGCGCCGUCGCCGCGACCCGCGGACGCCGGCGGGGCUCGGCCGCGGAGUACGGGCUCCCCUUCUUUACGGCCGCCCCCCCGCGCGCGACCGGCUGCACCUCGCUCGCGUGCCCGGCCGCGUCCGGGCCGGAGCCGGGGCCCGCCCCGGCGGCCGCGUACAGCGACGCCGCGCUCGCGCACGUCCACGUCCGGAGCACGACGAACGUGCUCGUCAAGGCGUGCGGAGCCGCGCCGGACCGGACGCAGCGGCGCCGGACCGUGGCGAACGCCACCGGGCUCCGGGCCGCGGCUCUCGCGCGCGGGCCGCUCGACCUGGGGAAGUUCGUGCGGGACGCGGGCCUCAAGGGACGUCAGAUGCUGGGCGAGCACGGCUGCCUCCCCGCAAUCUUGGCGUCGCAGGGGUGCACCGGCGACGUGCGCGCGCCCGUCGACCUCGCCCACCUCGAUUGGGGCCCCGGCGGGUGGACCUUCUGCGACGCGGCGCGCGAGCGCGCCAUCGCCGAGGGCGUCGUCGCUCGCUGCCUGGGCGUCGCCGCGGACGCCGUGCCGCGCCUCGCCGGGGCCGUUGCGGCGGCAGUGCGCGAGGCCACGCGACCACCAGCACCGACUCGGACGGCGGGGAAGGCGAAGACGGGAUUCUGGCCGAACUUGCUCGGACUCGGACUCAUAACUUGAACAUUGUGGUGG